AUGGCAUUUUCGGCAGUGAGCUUUCCCCUGUUCCCAUCGCACCCUGUGUUCGUGGCGUACUACGACAACGUGCCUGGCGAGACGCUAGCCACAGUGAAAAAAGAGCUCAUGGCCCGAAACCCAGCGUUCGACUACUGUUUUCUCAGCACCACACAUCUUAUUUCGGUAGAGCAGCUCCGGUGUGCGCUACAUAGGGCGGUGCAAAACUUGGUGCAAGACACUAUGAAGGCCAACACGGUGAACACCGAGAUCAUAUUUAGCCUUUCGCCGGUGAACAACAUCAACGACGCGUUGAAGAGAUUUGGAGUGGACGAAACCCGGGCCGAUGUCAUUGUGGUCAAGGUGUGCAGAAGCGAUUCCAGCAUGGCGGAGGUCGAAAAAGCCAUUUCUGCUCUCUUGGGUAGCACUGCGGUCGCUUUGAGCGACGAGGCGUUGCUCUGCCGGCACGACGCGAAGAAGUUUAGGAAGUUGUUCAAGUUGCUGGAUGCCACAGACGCUUCCCAGCAGGGCCAAACAAGGGGCGCGGUGGCAGCAAGUCUCUUGCGUGGGUUGUGA